AUGAACUCGACGUCAAUGGCAUCGAGACCCAAAAGUGGGUCGAACUCGCCGCUGGUGGUCGGCAACAGAAACCAAACACCGUCGCCGCGGUCGAGCACGUCAGAAAUGAGCGGUAGCGGGAAGAACGCGCACAGGACAAGCCUGCUGCCGCAGCUCUUCGCCAGCCCGCAGCUGAACAUGAGUGUAGCGAUGCAGUAUGUACUCCAGCGCUUCUUCGAAAUCCAGGACGCGUCGCUGGCGCAAUCGCUGCGCGCGGUGGACCUGAUAGUCGACCAGACGUACGCGGAGUCGCUUUCGCUGCGGCAGCUCAACGACUCUUUCUCCAACAAGCAGUACCGGUACUUCAACACCGUGUCGCGCAACAAGCAGGUCUCCAAGUGUCCUAUAUUCUGCAUCGCGGCGUACGCGGCCGCAAGGUGGGGAGACCACAGAAACGGCCUGUCCAUAAGGUUUGAGGGCUUCCAGAACGUGCCUCUGCUAGGUGAUACGAGCAGCUUUGCCGCCCUGGCCGCGAGCCAAGUGGCGGGAGUGUCGCCCUCCCCGGACGAAGAGCCUUCCCCAAGCUCUGUAUGGGGCAAGGAGAAGACGGUACGCACGCUGGAGCCUCCCGAAGAUUUGAUAAACUUUGUCUUUCCAUGGCUUCACAACCUGCAGGACGACCUCGAAACUAAAGACCGUACAAACUAUAAUCUGCACUCUCUCUGCGAGCUCUUUGAGUACUUGGCUCGCGUGCUAAUCCAGGACCUAGCAUUCUUGAGCUGCACAAACGAGCUUCCCUCUCUUCUUUCCAAUAUUUUGGAAUACGUACCGAAACUGAAGAGCAGUAGUGCCUUUCAGCAAUUCAAAAGCGAGAUGCAGCGCCAGAUCAGCUCGCGUACAAAGCAGAGCGAAUGGAGUGACCGGGUCUUGUCAAGAGUUGAGGAAAGUUAUAUCGAAAUUUCGAGAAGGUUUGUCCUUCAUAACCAAUCGUUAUCAGAGGAAAUACGGGAACUGAAGUCUGAGCUGCGGUCCAUGAAGCAGCUGAUUUCGGAGCUUUUGAGUUCCCAACGGCAGUUUACAUCCUUCAAUAUCCCUAACGGCGCCUUGUCUGCGAACGGUCCAAACAGCACUGGGACUAUGGGCUCCGUGGAAAAAAACGCACUUCCUACAAACUUAUUCAACAACUUGGUCACCUCAGGUGAGGAUCCAGCUCAGACAACGCCAUCCUUGGCCCCUAUAAACAUGUUUCACUCGCUAAGCAGUUCUGCCGUCCCCGAGACCCAAAGAAGAAAACUUCCUCUGCCAAACCAUUCCGGCUUUUCGCCGCCCCCUAUAGGCUCGCCAUUCAAGAGAUUCAAGUUUGACGAUCCUAAAUCCAACCAGCAACAAAACAAUCUAAAUGCAACUCUAGACUCGCUGCUCUCGAAAGCUGCCGUGAGCCCAAGACUUGCCGUUCCAUCCCUCAACAGUGGUCCUGUUUCCUCACAGCUUUCUCCUCAAUUUAGUUCCUCAGACGCCCACACGCAGCUGCUGCUGAAGAAACCUCCAACUAGCUCUGUUCUGAGCGGGGGCUCAACACACGAGGUCUUCAAGUACAAACUGUCCAGAGAAAACAAAACAAUUUGGGACCUGUACACAGAAUGGUAUGUUGGGCUCAAUGGAAAACCCUCCAUCAAAUCUCUGAUAGACACAUAUGGAUGGAGAAGGUGGAAAGUUAGUGAGGAUUCCCACUUCUUCCCAACACGUCGUAUUAUAAUCGACUAUAUCGAAAGAGAGAUUGAUCGUGGUCUUAGAACAGGCAGGUUCCUGAACACAGAUCGCGAGGCCAUGAGAAAAGUGAUCACUGAUGACCUAGAAAAGUUUCGCGCAGCCAACGGCCUUACUCUCAACAGUAUUUCAAUGUACUUCCGGAACCUAACUCGGAAAAAUACCGAGAUUUGCAUCUACGAUAACUUCCAGGACUGGUCGAUAAUGCUGAUUGAUGAGGAAGAAAAGAACAAGUACUGCAAACGCCAGCAAAAUAGUGGGGCUUGA